UUUUGUUGUGAUUUAUAUGAAAGCGUCCGGUUCUGCUCGGCCUUUGAAUUCGCUAUUUUAUUUCAGAGACAAGCGUUUAGUGGUCUGCUAGAGGUCGGUGAAAAGUCGACCACUGUCACUUUUGAUUCAUGGACUCAACGCGGACUUCAGCUAAAAGCAUUUCUGUCAAGAGGCUAGUACAAGUUUGACUUCAUUCAUUCAAUAUCCAGACCCUUUAGACUGUUUUACAGACUCUAAAGGGUCCCAGGAGUCUAGUUUGGGAACCACUGAGGUCAGCUAAAGAAAAAAAAAGUUUUGUCCAGCCAGAAAAAGUCUAUCAGUGACCUGGAAACAGCUUCGUAAAUAUUUAGCGAACAUGAAGUUGUCUUUGGACAGUAUGGGUGUCCUGAAGAUUGUGCUGUUCAUCAUUGAGGCUGUUUUGCUGACAGACUGCGCAAGAGGACCUCCACGGGUGUCCGAGAAGGUUGCUCACAGACAGACAGCUCGGUUAGGGAGUGCCACCAAGCUGCCGUGUCCGGUGGAAGGAGACCCUCCACCCCUAAUUAUGUGGACCAAAGAUGGGCGCAACAUCCACAGCGGCUGGAUCCGUUUCCGUAUCCUUCGCAUGGGCCUAAAGAUCAAGGAGGUUGAGGCAGAUGACACGGGCACCUACAUUUGCAAAGCCACCAACGGCUUCGGUAGCGUUAACAUCAACUACACCCUCAUCGUCAUCGAAGACUCAGGUUCUGACAAAACUGGACCCGGAGCAGCUGAUGAAGCAGAGUCUGAGCUGGGCACCGAUGGUGUGUCAGACAAAUUUGUGCGUCCCCGCUUUACCCAGCCCGCGAAGAUGAGGAAGAGGGUGAUAGCCCGCCCCGUUGGCAGCUCAGUGCGGCUCAAAUGCACGGCCAGCGGGAACCCCCGACCGGACAUCGUGUGGCUGAAGGACGACAGGCCACUGACGGAUCAGGAGGUCGGUGAGGGCCGUCAGAAGAAGUGGACUCUGAGUCUGAGGAACCUGACUCCAGAGCACAGCGGCAGAUACACUUGCAGGGUCUCCAAUCGGGCAGGGGAAAUCAACGCCACGUAUAAAGUUGAGGUCAUACAGAGGACAAACUCCAAGCCUAUUUUGACGGGCACUCACCCAGUCAACACGACGGUGGACUACGGAGGCACCACGUCAUUCCAGUGCAAAGUGAGGAGUGAUGUUAAGCCAGUCAUUCAGUGGCUCAAACGCGUGGAGUCCAACGAGGAAAGCCGCUACAACUCCACCAUUGAGGUGGGGGACCACCGAUUUGUGGUGCUGCCCACGGGAGAGGUGUGGUCGAGGCCCGACGGCUCCUACCUCAACAAGCUGCUCAUUACCCGCGCCAAGGAGGAGGACGCUGGCAUGUACAUCUGCUUAGGCGCCAACACAAUGGGCUACAGCUUCCGCAGCGCCUUCCUCACUGUGCUGCCAGACACAAAGCCUCCCAUCACGGCCAUGUUCUCGCCAGCCUCCAGCUCCCUCCCCUGGCCUGUCAUUAUUGGCAUACCCGCUGGAAUUGUGUUCAUCUUUGGCACAGUGCUGCUGUGGUUCUGUCAGAGCAGAAAACAGUGCCCCCCUCCCAGUGCUCCAGCUGCGGCUGCACAGGUGCUGCAGAGCUCCCAACGGCUGCCGUAUCGAGAGCGGGACAGGGGCUGCGCGGCGCCGUCCUCCAGCUCCUCCAGCCCAGAGAAAGACUGCAUGAGCUCCAUGAACUAUGAGGAGUACCUGGCACAGCAGCAGCUCCUCCUCAGCCAGGGAGGACCAACACUCCCCCCUAAAAUCUACCCCAAAAUCUACACAGACAUUCACACGCACACUCACUCGCAUGUGGACGGUAAAGUGCAUCAGCAUCAACACAUUCAUUUCCAGUGUUAGCCUUAGUGCCAAAUACUCCCCACUAACUGCUCCAGUGUGUCAGAGGGAGAAUGAGCUGUGGACUGUACAGCGGCACCUGGCAUUACUCUUAUCAAAAUCACAAAUUGACUCUUCUCAUAGCUGGACAUUGUUGGGAGAGUGUGCAUGUGUAAAAAACAGUGGCCAGUGAUACACACCUUGUGUUUUUACAUCCAAACUUCCGUACUUGGUGCUUUUUUUCUUUCUUUUUACCUUCAGAUUCUCACACCACUAAAAUCCAUUAAUCCUUGUUGUGCACUUAACAGAAAAAGGACAAGGAAUCUACUGUGUGUGAGUUGAAUUGCAGCUAUUCAGGCCAGCAGAAAGGUCUUCCUCAGCUGUUGCAUUUUGCAUUUUCCUACUUGAGGUGUGGCUGAAAAAUGGAGGUUAGGUUUUACCUUUCACAAAAUCAGCUGUUGGAGCGCAGAGGCUCCGUAUGUUCUGCCUGGUAAUGAAGAUGAAAACGGUACUCGAGAUUUACAAAAGGGCUGGUUUUUAUGCUCCUACUCAGGUAGUCCUUUUGUUUUGUUAAAGAUGCAUAAUGUUGGAAUACUGACCACUAUCCUUCCUAUUACCUUUCUCCAUCCCUAACUUCUCUUCUAUGUUCAAAGUGAUAUAGAGUAGGCUGGUAAGUUCUUUAUAGCCUGUUCACGGCAUGCAAACCUUGCCUAAGACUGCAGGGGAUGGAAGAAGUGUGUUUCCAUGUUAACUGAAUUGGUCCUCAUUAUCAUUUUAACUUUUUUAGGUAGGUUCCCAUCACUUGUCGGUAGGAUGUUGAGAUAAACCAACAGAGGAUGAGUCUUUUUGACCGCCACCUUAUCCACCCAGUUUAUGAAGCUGUAGUCAUUUAUAAUCAAAUUGAGUCAUGAAUAUUUAAUUUAUUUUGCUAAAAAAUGUAUCAUAAGUUUAUUUUUCAGAGUAAGGCGUUUUACAUAUCUAUGUAAUGUUAUUAAAGUAUACUUUUGUUGUCUAUAGUACAUUUUGAGUACUUUGUCACCCAGUUUAAUCACAUUUAGUUCAUGCCAAUAUUUAGGUAUUACUGUAUGUAAUUGGUUAUAUUUGACAAUCUUGUAUGAUGUACUCUUUUCAAGGCUCAAAAACUAAAUCAUCUGAAAGUUUGAUGGUUUGGUAGUUUGAUUAAAUGACCUGAAACAAAUAAGUCACAUGCUUCUGCUCAAGCUGAACUCUUAAACUUGCGCACGUUCUUCGGGAGGACACCCAUGAUUGUUCGUCAAAGUCUGUGCUUGUGAACAAAAGCGUAAAAGUCCUUGUGAGUAACUUCAGUGGAGGUUACCUGUCCUAAAACGUAAGUGCUGUUUAGGUUCUGGGCCCAGACGGGUCAGCUUUUCUUCCUCUGAGCCAGCUGAAGUGUCUGCUGAGGGUGACAGAGAGGGCAGCCAGCAGAGGGACAGAAGCUGCUGGGAUGAAUGACUGAAUAGAUACUGUACAGACACAAGGGAAGUCUCACAGUCCCUUUUUAGAUGAGUGAUGGCCCCUGCAAGACUACACCAAAUGACCAGCAUCUUUUCCCAUUUAAGUGAAUCGAUCCUCUCCGCCCCCCCCCCCCCCGGUCCACACCACCACCUCAUUCAACUCCAAUCUAGGUAGGAUUUCCUUUCACCAUUUAGGAAGUGUAUUGUCCUGCUCUGGGAGUGAUGUGACAGGACCCUGUGAUUGCUCAGGAAAGAAGGGGAGCAUUGUAUCAGGCGAGCUCUUGUUUUGUAUCCAAGCAUUGCAGGAUAGGGAUGAGCUUUAGCUCCAGACAGGGCGGUGAGUAUAUUGUGUGUUUAAACUAGAAAUUCUACACAGAAGAAAACCUUUUGGGCUUCAGCCAUGUUACUUCCUUAUCCACAAGUAAUGCCUUAAUUCCAAAAUUUAGAAGACAAGAUUCAAAAUGAUAUAACACUGCCCCCUAGUGCUUCCAAACACUAAUCACGGAGAAAUUAAAAAAAAAAAAAAACAAAAAA